GUCCGUCGAUUUCACGGCCUUGUCGUUCUCCUCUUUGGGCCUUACGGUUCCUUCUCCGACCAAAGCAAGCUCAAUUAUCUGUGUCAUGGGGAGAUACCCACUUCCGGCGUUCCUGCUUCUCCUUCUUCUCUUCUUCCAGGGCGUAUCUAUAGCCCAGAGUUCUAUCCCUGCCAGGUACGACGGCUUUCCCUACGGCGACAACUUGGGAAUCACUAACGGCAUAAUCGUGGAAGCUUUUUUAGAUCCUUUAUGUCCCGAUAGCAGAGACUCUUGGCCUCCUCUGAAGCAAGUUCUCCUUGAAUAUCAUCCUCGGCUCUCCCUUCUCGCCCAUCCCUUCCCCCUCCCAUAUCAUGAUAAUUCUUUUGUUGCUUGCCGAGCUCUUCAUAUAGCAAACAUGCUAAAUGUUUCUGCCACAUAUCCAUUACUAGAGCUAUUUUUUAAAUACCAGGAAAAGUACUACAAUGGUCCAACCAAGAACUUGUCGAGGGAAGCUAUAGUUGAUGACAUAGCAAGACUUGGUGCAGAAGCAGUUGGGAACUCUCUUCUACCAGCAUUCAAAGAUGGCUUCAUCAAUUCCCACACUGAUUCAGCUACAAGAACUUCCUUCAAGUACGGGUGCACUAGAGGAGUGUUUGGCACACCGUUUUUCUUUGUUAACGGUUUUCUUCUGCCUAACGCUGGUUCUGCUCUUGACUACGAGACAUGGAAGAGUAUAAUUGACCCUUUGUUGAGGAAUAAUGGGGAAGGAAAAGAUGACGCAGUUUCCUCUUUUUAGCGCUUUUCAAUUCGCGCAUGGAAUGUUUUAGAAAAUAAAUGGAAAAGCUGAAUGUUGAUCAGCAACUUCCUGGUUGUAUUUUUAAUCUACAGAGUCUUGCACUCUUGCUUCUAUCCUGAUUUCUGUCUGUUUAGAAAUUCUGCUCUGUAAAUAUUUCAUUUAAAAAAAUGACCGUUAAAAUCUGACGGAUGAUCUUUGCUGUCCUUGACUGGUGAAGCAAAGUCUUCUAGUGCAGGCUA